AGAGCUCAACACAGCGCGUCCGCACGUGCAGUAGCUGCGUCCACCCAACCUAUACUUCAGCAGCGGCAGCAGCAGUUCGAGCUCGCGAGUCGCGACGACCUUGCCCACCACCAGCGCACAUGGACAUCGAAGCGGCGAAGUCCUCCCCGGUGGCGCGAGACCCGCCGUCUGCGGCGGCGCACAUGGAUAUCGAAUCGGCAACGUCCUUCCCGGUGGCGCGAGACCCGCCGCCGCGGCCGGCGCCGGAGACGGCGCAGCUGGGCGAGGCCCCGGAGCAGAAGUGCGGGUGGGGGCGCUGGGCGUUCCUGGCCGUCGUGUCGCUCGUCGUCACCGGCGAGUUCGCGUGGGACGCGUACCAGGUGCGGCGCAGCCCGCGGAAGCUCGCCUUCGUGGUCGUCACCUACGACCUCGUCGUGGUGCUCUGCUGCUGCCUCGUGAAGCAGAACCUCCUGCGGCGCGACGACCCGGCGGUGGCGCCCGAGCGGCGGCGGGUCACGAUCGGCGUGUGGGUGGUCUCGGUGGCGCUCGCCGUCAUCAUCGCCGCCCGCGUCGCCUUGGUGAUCGUCGGGUGGCGCUGAAGAUCGCAGUGUUGGUGAUCACCGGCGUGGGCAUC